CGGCUUUGUCCACUUCCUGAUGUUCUUCGGCCCCGCCCUAGUGGUGCCCGGCGUGUGGGCAGCAGAGCGCAAGGCCUUUGUCGUGGCCAUGAUGCUGACCGGCCCCAUCGCCACCCAGCUCGCAAGCUACUGGGCCGCGGACGGCGAGCCCAGCUGGCGCAUGGAGUGGGCGGGCGUGUGGUGCCUGUUCGCGGUCGUGCAGUGCCUGCUGGGGGUCGCUGUGGAGGGCCUCAUGGGGGUGCACCAAGGCUCCAUGGAGCCAGGGAACAACGGGCACAAGAGGUUUGCCGCGCUCGUGCGCGCGGGCAAGCUGUUUGGCGGCGUCAAGGGCGUCCCCGUCCCCGGCACCAAGCCUGCGGCCGCGGGCGCGGACGGCCGCCCUGUGCCAAGGAUCGACGUGGCCGCGUCGCCCGCGGACUCGCCCGGAGACUCCCCGAGCGACUCGCCGCGCGCCGUGAGGCGCACGGCGGCGGCCACCCGGCUGAAGAACGGCCGGUAGACGCCCCGGGCCGCACCUGA